UAACUCUUUCAGUACGGCGCCAUAGGCCAUCAGACACGGGUGUCCGAUGACUUCAAAUCUCCCGCAAAAAAUAAAAGCAGCGCUUUACAGACAAGUAGCGCCAUCUGGCAUACUCUUUGAAAACUCCUCUUACAGUUCCAGCUUGGUUUGUUUACAUUUCGCGCCCCGCCGUGCCGCGGAAGACGACACUUGAACCGAAAGUGGUUUCGAGUUGCGUGCGAGAAUGGCGUCCCGUCCGCGCCGCGCUCCUCGAAAGCAGACUCCUGCAGCAAGUAUUUCGGCCGCUUCUUCUGCUGAUUUUUCUGACCUAAGCAGUAGUGAUGGCUCAAGCAACGAUGCGGGAUCGUCAGAUUUUAGCUCCGACGACGACACUUCCGCGCAGGGGCCUCAAACUUCGACAAGCGCUUGCAGGGCCUCAACAACAUAUGGCCGAGAUACUUUGCCGAAUGCAUCGCGCCGUGUCAAGUUUUUGCCAACGAGACAACCAGGUGCCUAUGUUGGAGCAGUCAUGCGGAGCGACGCGCGUCGGUUCUGUAGAGCGCUGGACUUUUUUCUUUUGUUCUUCACGACUGAAGUAAUCAAGACGGUGUGCGAGAACACAAAUAAGUACGCCUGGAUGAACAUUUUGGGGAAACAAACCUAUUCUCGCCGUGACGGCUCCUGGGAGGAAGUCACUCCACUGGAGAUGCUGCGACUAAUUGGACUCAUCAUUUACAUGGGCCUUGUUGAAGUGCCGCGACUGCACUUAUACUGGCGGACCACAGGAACAUUCAGUGGCCUGCUGCCACCAACUGUUAUGCGACGAGACCGAUUUUUCGCGCUGCUUGCCUUUCCGAGUGUAGGAGACCCAGAAGACGCAGCGGCGGCAGCAUCUGAUGGAAAGACAUGGAGGGUGUCGUGGCUGCUGAGGCACAUAAAUGAGCAAUCAGUAAAUUUCUUCCAGCCACAGCGCGACCUCUCCGUUGAUGAACGCAUGGUCAAAUCUAAAGCCCGAUCAGGAAUCAGGCAAUACAUUAGGGACAAGGUGACUAAAUUUGGCUAUAAACUCUGGGUACUGGCAGAUUCGAAAACCGGAUACACACUUCAAUUCUUCGUGUACACUGGUAAGCGUGAGGCACCGGGGCCUCAUGGCUUAGCCUUUGACGUAGUGAACAGGCUUUGUACACAGUACCUUGAUCAGGGAUACAAAAUUUAUAUGGAUAAUUUUUACACAUCAGCGAAACUUUUUGAACAUCUGAUUCAGCGCAAGACACUUGCAUGCGGGACAACUCGCAAGGACCGUCGCUGCUUUCCAGCUGAAUUGAAAGAUACUGCAUGGGAAAAACGGGCACAGCGUGGAGACAUUCGAUGGAUUCGGAAGGGUAGCAUCCUCUACAUGCAGUGGAAAGACCGCCGAGCUGUGAACUUGAUGAGUACAAUGCACACGGCAAACCAGCACGUGCCGGCCAAAAGAAGAGAGCGAAGGGGGGGCCAAUGGGCUCUGAAAGUAAUCAAAAAGCCGCUCCUUGUCCACGAAUACAAUGCUGGGAUGUUAGGUGUGGACAAAUCGGACCAAAUCAUUGGCACUUACAACGUCCUCAGAAAAUGCGUGCGAUGGUGGAAAACUCUCUUUUUUCACUCUAUUGACAUCGCGUGCGUGAACAGCUUCAUUCUUUUUCAAGAGCACAGAAAAAACAACCCAGAAGUCCCAGAACUUUCCAGAAGCAUUUAUUUUGAUCAAUUGGCCUUUAGAGAAGAACUAAUUCAUCAGAUAUUUGAUUAUGACGAAGUCGCACAAGGACACGCCCCCAUCUCACCCCCCUUCGCACCCUUGGACCCUGUUCGGCACCAGCCAAAAAGAAUGGAUAAAAGGAGAAACUGUAAGAUAUGCUACGAGAAAACAAAGACACAAAAUAGAACAAGUGUCUAUUGCUCCACCUGCAAAGUUUAUCUUUGUUUCGUGCCCUCGCGCGACUGCUUUGCCGAGUGGCACAGCCGUCAAGGCCGCUAGAUUGACGAGCAUCCAAAAAUGCAGUACUUGGAGCACCGGAUUGAUAUAUAUACUAACCGAUAGCUGAAGGAAUAGGGAACAAUUUGUAUAUUUCAGAAUUUCAAAAAUAAUUUUCUGGUUAAGCAUACUCGCUGACUUUUUUGUGUUUGUACUUUUUUUGUGCAUGUUUUUCUUUAAUUGACAAAUAAACUUUCAAUUACUGUAA